CCGGCUUGUUUCCGACUGUUUCCGGUCUGUGUCGGCUGAGAGUUCCGGGAGUUUCACUGUUUAGUUAAUUCAAGUUUAUUGAAACUUAUUACAACACAACAGUAUCGGGGAUGAACGCGCUGCUUCGGCGGGUCACAACUGGAACCGGAACCGGAACCUGGCGAUGUUUCCACGGGACUCCCUUGAUGACCUUUGACCUGAGGAAGGUGGAGCUGACCCCUCUGGAGCAGCGUAAACUGACCUUCGACUCUCACGUGAUGGUGACGGAGCUGCAGAGCAGCGGUUUUGAAAGGCGUCAGGCGGAGCUGGUCGUCUCUGCUCUCGUUACCUUGACAACGGCCAACAUGGACGUCGUCUACAAGGACAUGGUGACCAAAGCCCAUCAGGUGGAGGAGAUCACAGUGCAGCAGAUUAUGGCUCAUCUGGACUCCAUCAGGAAGGACAUGGUGAUCCUGGAGAAGAGCGACUUCGCCAACCUGCGAUCCGAGAACACGAAAAUGAAGCGAGAGUUGGAGCAGAUUCACAACCGUCUGAAGGAGGAAAGUCAGAAAGUUCGAGCAGAAACCAAACUGGACAUAAACCUGCAGAGCAGCAGGAUGAGUGACGUGUUUAUCGAACAGGAGAAGAAGCUGAUGGAGGCGGGCUCAGAGUUCCAUCACAAGAAAGCCGACCUGCAGAACGACAACAUGGAGAUCAACAGGAACAUCGACCUGCAGGUGGCGUCGCUGAGGACGGAGCUGGAAUCCCUGAAGCUGGAGACCAUCCGCUACCUGGCAGCCACGGUGUUCUCCUGCCUCGCCAUCGCUCUCGGGGUUUAUCGCCUGUGGAGGUGAAGCAGCUGGGACUUUAGUCUUCCUCCCACACAACGUAGUACUCGGUUAAGGGAAAGUACGCACAAUAAUUAGUGUACUUGUACCAAAGUACAUUGACUCAAUACAGGAUUUUGAAUAGAAUAUGUAGUAUGCAAUAAAUACAAGUACCUCAACACUGUUCUCUCUCACCUGUAUGUAAGUGUGCGUGUUACUUAUUAUGGUACACAAACCUCAGAGGUACUUUAUGGGAAGUAGAACUAAUAAAGCGCUUUUAAUUUGAUUUGUUGAAUGUAAAAACAAUCGUUUUGUGACGUUUAAAGUAAAAAGAUGAACAACA